GUCAGCCCCGCUCAGUGCUGGGGUGGCACCAUCCCUGUCCCCGAGGGUCAGCCCCGCUCCGCCCCUUUCUCAGCCAGAAAUAACUGUUGCUCCGCAGCCGGACCUCGGCAUCCCGGCCAAAGCCCAGCACGGGGCAAGCUGCAGAAGCUCAGGGUGCCAGCUGGGGCCACCCAACACUGCUGGCUGAAGCCACACUGUGUCUUUGUGCACAGCGCAACCACAGGGCAUCCUCAGCUCCUGCUACCACAAGGAAUCCUCUGGCCAGUCAUUCUCAUCCCACAGCUCUGCCCCAGGAGUGUGGCAGCAGGCGAUGACCGUCAUGAAACCGGAUCCUGGAGAUGCACCCCAGCUGGACCUGGGCAAGAAGGUGAGCACACCACAGGAUGUGAUGCUGGAGGAGCUCUCCCUGAGCACCAACCGUGGCUCUCAGCUCUUCCAGCAGCGGCAGAAGCGGAUGCAGCGCUUUGUUUUCGAGCACCCCAGUGGUUACAGGAAGCCCCCAGGGCCGGCUGGCUCACAUGGCACCGAGAGAGGAGAAGGAGCAGCCAACGAGUGGACAGUUGGGAAUGCUGAGGGCCAGCAGAGUUUUCACUCCGAGCUGCAUGUGGCAGUAUCACCCCAUGGUGGGCCUCCCGAGGUGCCCAAGAAGACAGAAAAAGUCUUGCACAUGAUCAAAGUCCUCAAUCCAGAUUCUCUGGCGCCAGGGUACUCAACCCCUCUCAAAGAGGUGCCCCCAGAGAAGUUCAAUGUCACCGCCAUUCCCAAGGGCUACCGCUCCCCGUGGCAUGGGCACGUGGGUGACAAGGACAAGGAUGUGGGCAGUGAGAACCGGCUGCCCAUGAAACUCCCACAUGGGGAUUUCGUAAACUUCAACAGGACUCCCACCCCGUUUGACAAAGCCCAGCUCAGCGACCUCUUCUACGUGCCCCCUGCCGAACUGGACCUGAGCAUUCUGGAGGUGAUCUCCCGCAGACCCAACUUCAACAGAGUCCCUCAAGGCUGGGCACGAGUUCUGCCUGAGAGUGAUGAGCUGUAGCACCCACGCUCCCUUCCCCAUCGCCACGGAUGCUUUUCUCGCUAGAGUGAACCGUACUUUGCACAGCAGGGGAGAGGGGCUGAAAUCUUCCUGCCUGGCACUUGGUGAAAGUCAAGCUAGUGGUCUCGUGUUGUCAUUCUUUUCUAUGGGAUUUGAACAAGCUCAAGUCUGGGACCAUUUUGAAUUCUCCCCACGCCAGUCACCGUCACAAGGACGUUUAGUGCUAAGCUGAGCAGCCAAGUUCUCAUCGCUGAUGCAAGGAGAUCCCUGCGAGCUCCCAUCACCGUCACCACACAAAAAUCCUGAACAGGCUGUUCUCUCCCCCGUGCUUUGGAAAAUGGCAGGACCACCAGCUGCAACGCACCGAGCAGCCUCACUGCUUGCUGACACACAAGAGCUGCUCUGACAGGUGGUGUCUUUGCAGAGAAAUUCCAUCGUAAGGACAACUCUUCAUCUGCCGUUCUGCUCAGGACCGCGAGAGGAGGCGAGCGCUGACAAACACAGCAGAACAAGUCACCAGAGGCACUGGCAUGUUAAAUGCAGUUACGUGGGGCUUGGCUGGACAGCAAAAGCAAAUGAUGAACCGGUGACCUGCUUGUUUACCAACACACGUACAGCACAGCCUGGAGACGAGGAAAAGGUCAAGAGUUGGAAAUUUGCGCCUUUUCCUUAAGAUAACACCUUAGCUACGGGUGUUAUUUUCUUCUCCUUCCUCCUGUCUGCAUGCCUUAAGAUCAACUUAAGUUCUUCAAUCAACUUCUGUCAGCUUGGCCUCAUACAGCUGGUGAGUAAGGAUCAGGCCCUGCUGGACUAGGCACACUGCAGAGCUGCACGGGUCACAGAUCUGAAUGCUACUGCCAGGGUGUCUGAGUAGCUCCAGCAUCCAUGGGGAGGAACAGCAGCACAGCUGUGCCCCUACAGCAACCCUGGGCCUCUCCAUAAUGUAUCAGCAGUGAGGAUUUGACUACAGGAACUUUUCCAGCAGUGACAGGCAGUGGGACAUGCAGCUAACAGUACCCAGCACAGCCAUCCAGAGCACCUGAAAAGUCCUGCUGAGCGCCAACAAAAAGCUGUAAUGCUUUCUACAACUGCUUUUGUCAAGUUCUUAAUGUCACCUUUAUUUAACCCUGUGAUAAAAGGAGCAUUGGGAUAAAAGUGGUUUUUUUUCCUACACCGUGGUUAAACCAGACAAGUAAAUUUUGGUGUAAAAUGCAGCUAACAGCUGCCUCACUUAUAAAAUAUAUUUUUGAUCCUAUACAGAUGGAUGCGUAGAGGAAAUCCCAAACAAGAGUUCUGCUGCAGCAACACAUCAUACAGGCAGGAAACUUGCAUUUCUGUUUUUCCCACAGAAGCACAAGGGGAUAAGCAAACGGGACGAAAAAACGUCUAUUCCUUUAACAUUAUAAACUCACAAUGCACAACUUCUGGCCUGUUCUAAACCCACCUCUCUUCCCUUUUUCCAUCAGCUGAACAAAAUGCUUACCUCUGAGGAUUUGGUUAGAAAAUAAAUUAAUUGCCAUCAUGUAAAGCUUGAUCGAGUUCUGUCUGCAGUGCUCAUGGGCCCUCACUGGAACCCUGGGGCCAGAGCAGCAGCAGCAGGCAGUGCAGCCCUCCUGACCCACCAACAUGCCCCAGCCUCCCCCAGCACUGCCUUGGGCUGCCUCUCAGCUGAUGAGCCCCGAAGUCCUGACCUCUGCCCAAAGCUCAGCCCUUUCUCCAGGGAAGUGCAGGCUGUGCCCCAGCUGUGCCUCUAUCAGCAGAAUCAGUGCCCAGUGCCACUGGGUGCUACAGGUCAGUAUGGAGAACUAGAAGUGUAUUCACUGUUACAGCACACUCUGUAGCUGCUUUGGUGGCAGUUGAAUAAAAUCAAAGUCCUCAGGCACCCUGCUCCAGGGUCAAAGCAAAGUA